CCCCCACCCAAGUCCCCCACUAGCUCUUCUCUCUCCCCUCCUGCUUUCCUCCAAGGCCACCCUCCACCCUCCUCCGCCUCUCGCGGACCCGGCGCCCCCAGUUUCCGGAGGCUCGCCAACACCACCGACAUUCUUUCCUAUCGAAUUAUAAAUAACGCAGGGGCUUUGCCGUACACCUCCAGCUCCUCCACCUCCCCGUUCCCGCCCUCCGCCGCCGCUGGAGAUGCUGCCGUACGAGACGAUCGCCGCCGCGGAGGCGGCGAUGGGGCGGAACCUCACCGCUUCCGAGGCACUCUGGUUCCGCUACUCCGCCCGGAUGCCUGACUACCUCCUCUACUGCCACAACAUCCUCUUCCUCUUCGUCAUUUUUACUCUCGCCCCCCUCCCCCUCGCCCUCCUCGAGGUCCGGCUUCCCUCCUUCCUUGUCCCCUACAAGCUCCAGCCAAAGGUCCACCUCCCCACGUCCUCCUUCUUCCAGUGCUACAAGGACGUCAUGCGCGUCUUCCUCCUCGUCGUCGGGCCCCUCCAGCUUUUCUCCUACCCCUCGAUCAAGUUUGUGGGGAUACGGACGGGGCUGCCGCUGCCGUCGGCGGGGGAGAUGGCGGCACAGCUGGUGGUGUACUUCUUGAUCGAGGACUACGGAAACUAUUGGAUCCACCGGCUGCUGCACGGGCGGUGGGGGUACGAGAAGAUCCACCACGUCCACCACGAGUUCAUGGCGCCGAUCGGGUUCGCCGCACCCUACGCCCACUGGGCGGAGGUCCUCAUUCUGGGGAUCCCCUCCUUCGUGGGCCCUGCCAUCGCCCCGGGCCACAUGAUCACCUUCUGGCUCUGGAUCAUCCUCCGCCAGGUCGAGGCCAUCGAGACCCACAGCGGCUACGACUUCCCCCUGAGUCCCACAAAAUAUAUCCCGUUUUAUGGAGGGGCUGAGUACCAUGAUUAUCAUCACUAUGUAGGAGGCCAGAGCCAGAGUAACUUUGCUUCUGUCUUUACCUACUGCGACUACAUAUAUGGAACUGACAAGGGUUACAGAUAUCGUAAGGCACACCUUGCAAAGCUAAGGGAGCAAAGGGGAGCAGGUGGCGAAAACGGAGAAGCCAAUGGUUGGAAUUAUAAUGAGAAGUUUGAGUAGGCUAAGAUCUUAAAGCCCUGUGCCACAAAAAUUUGUGCUUAUUGGUGUGACUAUUGGGCUUUGGCUGCUAUGCAUCAAAUUCAGGUCAUUAUCCAUUGUGGGCUAUAUUAAAAGCAGUCUUUAAGUAGACUUAUCCGAGUUUUGGUGCUGCAAUGGUUUUGGAGGAUGUUUCUGUUUCGUCUAGGCAGUCUUUAAGCAGGGUUAUCUAUCUUUUUGCUUUUCUACUGAUGCUGUGUUGUUGGUUACUGGACUGCUUAAAAAAAGAACAUCCAGCAAUGGCACUUGUUCAACUGACGAAGGCAAAAAAAAACCCUGUCAUGUAGUGCCUUUUUUUCUCUUUUGUUUUGUUUUUUUGUUUUUUGAACUUGAGUUUCAGGUACUGUUCCCUCAUGUUGCUAAGCGGGCUUCGUCCUGCUUCUAAUUAGACUGUUAUUGUAAUGAAAUCAUUAAUUAGCUUGUGACAAUCCUCCCUUUAAAUGCAUGGAAUUCCU